UGAUAAUUAUCCGUUAUAUUUUUAUAAACGUUACAUUAGAAGUAAAUUAUUAGAAUUAACAUCCAGAAAAUGACAAGAUGCAUGAAGAACAAGGUUAAUUUAAAAAGCAGCGCGUACAAUCAAACGGGACAGAAUUAUUUCGAGCAAAUGACAGCGUACAACUCGAUGAGCCAGCAUCUGCGACGGAUCUUAUCGGCGAAGAGCGUGGUCGACUCGAGGAACAAAAGUUACAUCUGCAGAAAGAACAAACGAAGCAAGCCAACUAAUAACAGGAGAAUUUGCCCACUCCCGAAAAUGACGGACGACAUAAUCAAUAGAUUAGCUUACGAUACUCAGCAUCAUCCAUUGGACAUAUUAAGAAUGAAAAAAAGUCCGGAAUGUUUGGGUUGUUGCGAUUGUAACUUGGAAUACCGGCGAUUGAGAAACUGUGGCCGGCCGUGUUGCAAAGCGAGCGGUCAAACAAGUCGUCAACGAUCAACGUCAAGGAGCCAAAGAUCAGUAUCGCCCGCCGCAACGUCUAAACGUAAAAAAUUCAUACCAAACACCGUUAGUGGGAAAGAACUCAAAAGCGAGUGGAAGGAAGACCCUGGUGGUGCGACUGGCUCGUUGAUAGGCUUUGCGCGACAGAGAAAAUAUAGAUACAAAGCGGAUUCGGUCUUCGUUCCUUGCACGACCACCACCUUAGACCCGUCGGAAUUUAAAUCAACAUGCUGUUCCCCGAUACAAGAAACAAAUGACCGUCGAUUGGAGUCGUCGAGGACCUUGCGAAGUCCCGACGAUUCCGAUGACAAAUCCGUCGAUCGAUCAGCGUCCCAGAAGGAAGAUGAGAAGAAAUACGUCGAUUUCAUCUACGAUAUCACCAAAGAGAUCAUGCAGAGUGGCCUCUACACCGAUAAGGAGCUGCAGGAUGUAUUCAAGAAGCACACUGAUAAAAAUAAGGGAAUAUUGAACAUGAAUAGAAUGCUGUUCGAGAUCUAUCAGUUGAAGAUUUCUUUAAACAUGCUGGACGAGGAAUCGGAUGACGUAGACGACGAGCUGGAGGACUUGAUUCAUGCGCAAAAGUUACUGCACGUCUCCGAGAUUAGACCACCUACGCCGCCGAAAGUGCUGGACGAGAACAAAGUGAUGGAGAAAUUCGAGUAUUAUCAGAAAUCGCUGGAGGCUCAGGACAGAGAACCGAGCCGAACUUCUACGAAGACAGUGGUUGUGGUCGACGCGAAUCCCGAGAUGCUCCUCACGGAGGGAGACGUGCUGAUAUCGCUGAUAGAAGCAGGCAUAGAUCCCAAGCAGGCGCAAUACAUCUGCAAGAGUCUGUUUUAUAAAAGCAAAGACCCGCCCUUCGAUGGAAUGGUUCCAGUAAAAGCGGAAGCUUCUCCCUUACAACCGGCAAGUUUAGAACCACGAGACGAUAACAGGCGGACUUCGUUCAUAGCCGCGACGUCUGAGAGCGUUGGCUAUUCUGUCGAAGACAAUUUGGUCCGUCAUACGAUAAAACAAAAAGCCAGAUCUUCGGUAUGGAGUUUCGUAGCUACGCAAGAUGAGACGGUGGAAACGAAAAAGGACAUUGAUAAGGCCAAAGACGAAGCGGAGGCUUCGUAUUCGUACUCGGAGUUUGAGAAGUCGGAGGAAUCACAGGACGACGACAAACGGACUUCUCUCAUAGGCGAGACUUCAGCAUCGAACCUCGUGUCCACGCAAGACGAAACAAUAGAAACAGAAGAGGGAACAGAGUCCCAGACAGCGUCUGACAGUCCCAUAAUCAAACCUUAUAGUAUUGCCGUUGUACGUAUUCUGUCCUCGCAUUCGUCAAUAAGAUGUUGCGAUAAUAAUGAAUAACGUUGGACACACGAUUCUCGUUCGACGACACGCUGAAAUAAAUAACGACACAGGGAGCAAAGUAUGAUAUAUAUAUAUAUAUAUACACACACACAUUCUGAUGAUUUCGUUCGUGCGUUUUUCUUUUAUUA